GUACGAGGUGCGCCGCGCAUUGAUUAAUGUUUACUUCCACAAAAACAUGUUUGCGUCUACGUUAUAAUCAAAAUUAAUAUAUUUUCGCGUGUUUUUAUUAAAAUACGCAUGUGAAAUUAUUGCAAACGUGUGUUCAAUAAUAAAACAUCAUAGCAUAUUUGAUACUAAAUUUAUCAUAAAUGUUUCGACGCGUGCUGUCGUAUGGCCUUUUAGGCGGAGUAGCUGUUAGUACAGGAUUAAGUUUGCAUACGAAUGACUAUGACGUUAACUCACUGGGAAUCGUGCGCCUCGGCAGAUCCGCCAUCACUGUGUUCGAUAUAGCCGCUACAUACAAACGUGAACUCUACUACAAAGAAUGGGAUAAGACAACUCCAGAAUAUAAGGCCCAAAAGAGCCAUGCACACAAAAUAGCCGCAGAAAAAUUAUUAGAAUUAAUAUGUACGAAUAAAGGAGUUUAUAUUAAAGUUGGACAACAUAUUGGAGCAUUGGAAUAUUUACUGCCCAAAGAAUUUGUACAAACUAUGAAAAUAUUACAUUCGAAUGCACCACAAAAUCCUGUAGAAGACCUUUAUAAGGUGAUACGACAAGAUCUAAAGAGAAAUCCAGAAGAAAUUUUCGCAACUUUUGAACUUGAACCACUGGGUACAGCUUCACUAGCACAAGUCCAUAAGGCCACUUUGAAGACCGGCGAAGUAGUAGCCGUUAAAGUACAACAUCCGUAUGUAAAGGGUAAUUCUUUGGUAGAUAUGAAAACAAUGGAAGUAUUAGUAAAGAUAAUGGCACGUAUUUUCCCUGAUUUUAAAAUUCAUUGGCUCGUGGAAGAGUCAAAAAAAAAUUUACCCAUAGAAUUAGAUUUUCUAAAUGAGGGCAAAAAUGCUGAAAAGGUGGCAAAACAAUUUCAAAAAUAUUCUUGGUUACGUGUGCCAAAGAUCUAUUGGGAACAUAGCACUGCACGUGUGUUAGUCAUGGAAUUUUUAGAAGGUGGCGAGGUGACGAACUUAGAUUAUAUUAAAAAACAUAAAAUAGAUCCAUUUACCGUCUCAAAUAAAAUUGGACAAUUAUAUUCAGAAAUGAUAUUUACAACGGGUUUUGUACAUAGCGAUCCACAUCCUGGUAAUAUAUUGGUGCACAAGAAUUCAAGCGGGAAUGUUGAUAUAAUUUUAUUGGAUCACGGUUUAUAUGCGAAUCUAACAGAUAAAUUUCGUUAUGAAUACUCGAAUCUGUGGUUGAGUAUAUUGAGUGUAGAUCGUAAAGGAAUGCGUAAACAUAGUGAAAACUUGGGCAUAAAAGGCGAUUUAUAUGGUCUGUUCGCUUGUAUGGUAACUGGUAGACCAUGGGAAACGGUUACACAAGGCAUAAGCAAAGUUAAAUACACUACAGAUGAGAAAAAUACUUUGCAAAAUAACACAUCAUCAGUACUGCCACAUAUAUCCGAUGUGUUGGAACAAGUAGAUCGUCAAAUGCUACUUAUACUAAAGACGAAUGAUUUAAUACGUGGCAUUGAGUCUACGUUAAAUACACAAAAUCGUAUGACCGCUUUCUGGGUUAUGUCCAAAUGCUGCGUACAAUCCUCAUUUCAUGAACAGAAAUUACUACAGCCCUCGCGUAUGGCACGCAUUGGGUUAUACGUACAAGAGAAAUGGUCUAUGUUCAAACUUAACCUUUAUUAUCUAUAUGUGGGUUUAAUAAAUUUCGGAUUUGUGCAAGCUGUUAAACAAAUUUUAUAAGUUAACUAUUGUAAGCAUAAAGAGUGCAUGGAAUGCAAUUACAUUUGACGAAUUUGGAAUGAAACCAAGUUACCUCAGUGCUUAAAUCAUCUAUUAUAGAUAAAAUAAUAUUAGUCAAGUAAUAACGAAAGGGUACAAAAUAUAAUGUAACAAUUUUUUUAUUCUAGGAAUGAUUAAUACAUUUACGUCAUAAAUAUUUAAAUUGGUUUGAUUGAUU